AUGAGGCUCGGAUCGUCGAUACUCUCCCGCACGAAAUCCGAAUCGGCUAAAGGGAACCGCAAUUCCGCCGGUUCGGGAAAUGCACGUACCGUCACCAUUCCCUCGUUCGAGGAGUUUCUUCUCAAGCGUGACUACAUAGGAGCAAAAACCGUCCUGCAGUGCUCGAAGGACUACGACGAAGUGCCCGAGCAGCUAAAGCAACUGUGGACGGGAUUUUGUGACUUUCACAUCGGCGAGUACAAGCGUGCGCUGCAGCUGUACGAAAAGAUAUACACCACCGACGGUACGCUGAAGGAUGUUGCCCUCAACAUUUGCGUGUGCAUGUUCUACCUCGGUAUGUACGACGAGGCUCAGAAGCUGGUCGAAGAGUUGCCCCAAAGCCCGCUCAAGAUUCGGUUGCUGUUCCAUCUCGCGCACAAACUGACCGACGAGGAUCGGCUGAUGGAGCUGCACGGUUCCCUACGGGACGUGGUCGAAGACCAACUCAGCCUGGCAGGAAUGCACUACCUGCGGUCACACUACCAGGAAGCGAUCGACAUCUACAAGCGUGUGCUACUCGACAACAAGGAUUUGCUGGCGCUGAACGUGUACGUCGCCAUUUGCUACUACAAGCUGGACUAUUACGAUAUUUCCCAGGAGGUGUUGGACCUGUACCUCAACCAAUUUCCCGACAGCACGAUCGCCAUCAACCUGAAGGCGUGCAACCGGUUCCGGCUGUUUAACGGACGCGCCGCUGAGCAGGAAAUAAAGCAUCUCGUGGAGAGUGGCACGUUUGGGGCGGACCUGAUCCGGCACAAUCUCGUCGUAUUCCGCAACGGUGAAGGUGCCCUGCAGGUACUUCCACAGCUGAUCGACAUCGUGCCAGAAGCUCGCCUAAAUCUGGCCAUUCAUCACCUUCGGCGGGGCGAGAUCCAGGAAGCGCACCAUCUCAUGAAAGAAGUCCAACCGACGGUACCGCAAGAGUACAUCCUGAAGGGUGUGGUUCAUGCCGCGCUUGGGCAGGAAACCGGCUCAAAGGAACACCUUAAGAACGCCCAACAAUGUCUGCAUCUGGUCGGUGGAUCGGCGUCCGAGUGUGACACCAUUCCCGGCCGCCAGAGCAUGGCAUCGGCGUUCUUCCUAUACGGACAGUUUGAGGAGGUGCUCGUGUACCUGAACUCGAUCCGUAGCUACUUCGUCAACGAUGACAUCUUCAACUACAACUACGCGCAGGCGAAAGCCGCAACUGGUUACUACAAAGAGGCCGAAGAGCUGCUGCUACAAAUCCACGACAUUUCCAUCAAAACGGACAGCACCUUCUCGAUGGUGUUGGCCAAAUGUCACAUCCACUCGGGACACGCUGAUCAGGCGUGGAACAUUUUCCUCACCAAGGACUCGACGCCGGAUGCGUUCGCGCUACUGCAGCUGAUCGCAAACGACAGCUACCGGGUCGGUGAGUUUUGGAUCGCGGCGAAGGCGUUCGAUACGCUCGAGAAGCUCGACCCCAAUCCCGAGUACUGGGAGGGCAAACGGGGGGCGUGUGCUGGUGCUGUCCAGGCCAUUCUAGCCAAACGCGGCAGUGGUGCUCCACCGGGUGGUGUGUCCGAGAUUAUUUCUCUGCUGCGUGACUCCACCAACGCGCAAGCGGAAGGAAUGCUGCGUGUCAUCCGACGAUUCGCCAGCAGCAUAAAGUAG